AGUUGCAGCCAACUCAUUAGUUCUCAUCGCUCUCAAAUCAACUCCAAAGCUACGGAAUGUUCUGAACUAUUGUAUUGGAAGCCUGUGCGCGGCUGAUAUUCUACUCUGCUGUUUCGGCAUUCCAAUUAUGAUAUACCGUGAUUUUAACCGUGAUUGCUUUACCGGAGUACAUCAGGAAAGUAACAAAAUUUAUAAUUAUUAAAGUAUGAAAUCUAUAAAAUCAAAUAAUGUUUUAUUCCUUAAGGACACCCUGAUGUAUAAUAUAAUAACCUUACCAAAUAUAUUCUCAAUUUCCUCCGUUCAUCAUAUUCUUCUCCUUACUGUAGAUAGAUUUAUUGCUCUGGUGACUCCUCUUUUCUACACAACAUCUCUUAUCUCAAAUCCAAGGUUUAUGUUUGGAACCAUUCUGUUUAUUUGGACUGAAAGCUUGGUGGUUGGUCUUAUUCCUAUCCUUGCCAGUGAGUUUGAGCUAAAUCUAAUGCAGAAACCAGUGUACAACUAUAUGUUUAUAUUUAUCUUCUACGGCGCUCCUAUCCUGAUCAUUGUUAUCCUUUAUGCUUUUAUUUUCUACGAAAUCCAUAAAUGGCGCCAAAAGUACAGAUAUCUUGAGUUCCAACCGGGAGCUAUGCAGAUCAGAGGUGCAAUGACGACAUUUGCCAUAGUUCUUCUCCUGCUGCUCUCCUAUGUACCAAACCUAAUUUGCUGGUUCCUGCAUAUUGAGAAUCCAACCAUCUUUUCAGAAGAUACUUACAGUGUAGUUUCCAUUCUCAGUAAUAUGCUAAAGACAGUAAACACCUUGGUUAACCCCAUUGUAUAUUCUCUACGGAUGAAGACUUUUAAAUCCUCAAUUUUAAAAAUAUUCAGGAAGGACAGAGCUGAUCUGGAUCCAGGAACCAGAACUCAGGGUUUUCAACCUAGGCCUGGAGUAGAUAGUAAUGCUGGGUCUGGAGGGAGGUGGAGAAAGGAGGAGAAUAUUACAAGGGAAGGACGUGGGUCUGGAGGGAAGUGGAGGGAGGAGGAUAAUAUUACAAGGGAAGGAAGAUAUGGAUUAAGAGGAAAGGUUUAUACUAUCAGUGGAUUUUAACAAAA